CAGGCACGUGCUAGUUACCAAACGAUUGAUUGUGUUGCAUGUCAUUUGACGGUAUUUUUCUCCAAACCUAUCGCAACAAUAUGUCCAAUGGUCCUUUAUGCAGAGUUUUAUCUAUCCAAAGUCAUGUAGUUUCUGGUUAUGUGGGAAAUAAGUCAGCUACGUUCCCGCUYCAGGUGCUGGGUUUUGAAGUAGAUACUGUGAAUUCAGUGCAACUAUCAAACCAUACAGGUUAUAAAUACUUCAAGGGUCAAGUGUUGAAUGCUGAUGAACUUAAGGAAUUGUUUGAUGGCUUAAGGCUUAACGAUAUUCACCAUUACUCACAUCUAUUAACUGGAUAUGUGGGAUGUAAAUCAUUCUUAGAAGAAGUUUCAAAAGUAGUUGACCAUUUGAGAAUAGCAAAUCCUAAUCUCAUAUUUGUUUGUGAUCCAGUUAUGGGAGACAAUGGGAAAUUUUAUGUUCCUGAAGAUUUGCUACCAGUUUAUAGAGAUAUCUUAGUACCUAAAGCAGACAUAGUAACUCCAAACCAGUUUGAAGCAGAGAUGCUGACUGGAAUUAAAAUUGAAACAGAACAAGAUGCAUUUAAGGCWAUGAAAGUGCUACACGACAGAGGAACAAAUACUGUAGUUAUUACCAGCUCAGAGCUCAAGAAUCACUCCUUAAUAGCACUUGGUAGCUCCUAUAAAGAUGGCAAGCAUGUAUGCAUACGAAUGGAGAUACCAAAACUAGACGUAAUAUUCACUGGCACUGGRGACCUAUUUGCUAGCCUAUUGCUUGCCUGGUCAUACAAACAUCCCGAUGACUUAAAACUUGCCUGUGAGAAGACAAUGUCAACAGUACAAACUAUCUUAAAAAGAACUGUCARCUACGCUAAACAACGUGCAAAAGCUGACACAGACGAUAAUAGAAAGUUUACACCAGCUGAGAUUGAAUUGAAGCUAGUGCAAAGCCUYGAAGAUAUAAGGGAAGCAAAAAUUGUUCAUACAGCUGAAAUAGUUCCGUGUUAAAUGAUCAUUAUUGCUAAAUUUUUACCAGCAUUCCAAU